CACCAAUCCGUAAUCAUUUUCAAUAGAUGAUUUUAACAUGAAGUAAUACACUCUGUUGCUAGCUUUUAUUUGAACAAAAUGCCGGACGAAAAGCUGCGACUCACGUCGGCGGUUGUUGUAUCUAAAUCGUUCCUCAAGGAACAAGAAAGAAGAGAUCAUGCUAGAGAAAGGCGAAUCAACAGAUUUCGUCAAUCAGAGAGUGACGAUGAAGACAAAAGCUUGCAGCGUGACCGUGAACAUCGAUCAAGAAGGUUGGGUGACAGUGUGCGGCGACCAAGAAGAGUGUCUGAAAGAGAUGAGAAUGAAGACCGAGGAAACUGGAAGGGACACAAUUUAGACAACCCCAAAGCAAAUAGACCUUCUGGCCCAAACAGGAAUUCUGUGUUUGAUCGGCUUGACAAGGGAUCAAUCAAAAGCCGCCUUGGACAGCGCAUGCUGCAAGAGGAUGUUGAGGAAAACGUAGUCACAGAUCCCACAGAUGUUCCCCGUGGACAACGAUACUUCAUGCAUGAUGACCGUGAUGGUCCACGUGGGCGUGACAUGCGCAGGUUCUCAGGCAGCAGAGGGCGGUCAAGGAGUCCUGUUUGGAGACAUGACAUGUUUGAGAAAGUUCAACAAGAGGAGAAUGUGGAUGAUGAUGCCACCACACAUGACGAGCAUGAUCAUAGAGACCAUGAGAAGCCAGAAGAAGAGGCUCCAAGGAGACGGAGAGUGGUAGCUGGCGACAGGCAGCAUGGAAGGCAUGACACCACAGAGGAACUCCCAAGGCGGCGGGAUGGGGGUGGUGCAGGCAAAUGGAGGCAUGAUAAGUUUGCUGAGAUGGAGCAGGAACCCAAAAGAGACAGGGUAACUGAUAGAGAGGACAAUAGGCGUGGUCGCAGGAACCGUGACUAUUAAGCUAGCUUUGGUUCCUAUGCAUACCAUAUAUUUUACAGUGGCUAUUUGAGUCUUGUGUUGACAUGACUGAUAUUCCAGGUAGGUAUGUCUGCACUUGCCUAUCACAUCAUGACAGAUGUCACUCACUGUCAGUAGGCAUGACAUAUGUCACUCACUGUCAGUAGGCAUGACAGAUUUCACUUACUGUCAGUAGGCAUAACAGACAUCACUCACUGUCAGUAGGCAUGACAGACAUCACUCACUGUCAGUAGGCAUGACAGACGUCACUCACUGUCAGUAGACAUGACAGACAUCACUCACUGUCAGUAGGCAUGACAGAUGUCACUUACUGUCAGUAGGCAUGACAUAUGUCACUAACUGUCAGUAGACAUGACAGACAUCACUCACUGUCAGUAGGCAUGACAGACGUCACUCACUAUCAGUAGACAUGACAGACAUCACUCACUGUCAGUAGGCAUGACAGACGUCACUCACUAUCAGUAGACAUGACAGACGUCACUCACUGUCAGUAGACAUGACAGACAUCACUCACUGUCAGUAGGCAUGACAGAUGUCACUUACUGUCAGUAGGCAUGACAUAUGUCACUAACUGUCAGUAGACAUGACAGACAUCACUCACUGUCAGUAGGCAUGACAGACGUCACUCACUAUCAGUAGACAUGACAGACAUCACUCACUGUCAGUAGGCAUGACAGAUGUCACUUACUGUCAGUAGGCAUGACAUAUGUCACUCACUGUCAGUAGGCAUGACAGGUGUCACUCACUGUCAGUAGGCAUGACAGACGUCACUCACUGUCAGUAGGCAUGACAGAUGUCACUUACUGUCAGUAGGCAUGACAGAUGUCACUCACUGUCAGUAGACAUGACAGACGUCACUCACUGUCAGUAGGCAUGACAGGUGUCACUCACUGUCAGUAGGCAUGACAGAUGUCACUUACUGUCAGUAGGCAUGACAGAUGUCACUCACUGUCAGUAGGCAUGACAGACAUCACUCACUGUCAGUAGGCAUGACAGGUGUCACUCACUGUCAGUAGGCAUGACAGAUGUCACUCACUGUCAGUAGGCAUGACAGGUGUCACUCACUGUCAGUAGACAUGACAGACGUCACUCACUGUCAGUAGGCAUGACAGAUGUCACUUACUGUCAGUAGGCAUGACAGAUGUCACUUACUGUCAGUAGGCAUGACAGAUGUCACUUACUGUCAGUAGACAUGACAGACAUCACUCACUGUCAGUAGGCAUGACAGAUAUCACUUACUGUCAGUAGGCAUGACAGACGUCACUCACUGUCAGUAGACAUGACAGACGUCACUCACUGUCAGUAGGCAUGACAGAUGUCACUUACUGUCAGUAGGCAUGACAGAUGUCACUCACUGUCAGUAGACAUGACAGACGCCACUCACUUUCAGUAGGCAUGACAGACAUCACUCACUGUCAGUAGGUAUAACAGAUAUCACUCACUGUCAGUAGGCAUGACAGAUGUCACUCACUGUCAGUAGGCAUGACAGGUGUCACUCACUGUCAGUAGACAUGACAGGCAUCACUCACUGUCAGUAGACAUGACAUAUGUCACUCACUGUCAGUAGGCAUGACAGAUGUCACUCACUGUCAGUAGGCAUGACAGACGUCACUCACUAACAGUAGACAUGACAAACGUCACUCACUGUCAGUAAGCAUGACAGACAUCAAAUACUGUCAGUAGGCAUGACAGAUAGCACUCACUGUCACGCAUAAUUGCCACAUACAGUAAUUAUUUUUUAAUGCCAUGUGAAACAAUGUGUACCAUAACCCAUCGGUUCAACUUUACACACCUAGUGUAUGGUUGAGAUGUGUCAGUUUUUAUGAUUGACACCUGUCAUUCAUCUGUCAUAAGUAUAUGGUGGCCUGUCAGUCAUUUUGAUUGACAUUGCCAUUCAAAUUUUAACACCUUCAUAACAAUACAAUAAAUUCUGAUUCUAGAAAAGCAUUUCAUUUUAGAAGGCCUUGUUUCAGAUCUGAUGUAAAUGAUCUUUUUUUAUUAAAUCAUUUUUCAAACAUUGUCAUUGCCUCAGAAGGAAGCUGUCCAUAAAUAGCAAUGCAUGUUAUUAUAUUUUACAUGAAGGAAAUAAAUAAUCUGUACGCUGUCA